UUUUGAUUCCUCUCUGAUGAUGUGGGGUAAUUUGUGCACAUUUCAGCCUUAAAGACGGUGAAAAAUAAGAAGUUCACAAUGUACAGCUCAAAAGAACUGGAAGGAGGGGAAGUUGAUCAACCGUUCCAGGACAGCAACUGUGAUGUGAUCGGCACCAUACCAGAAGAACCCAUCCACCAGGAGACAGAGGACAGAGAUAUUACUAAUGAGGAGCAUCUGGACCAAACGGAAACCUCUGAAAUCACGAGAGAGGUCGAGAAGCCUGAAAGCGUAAAGGAAGAAAUUAAGGAGACUAUAAAGCCAGAGUGUGAAGUAGAAUCGUUAGAGAAAGAGAUGUCCAGGCUUGAGGUUGAGCAAGGGUUGAUUGUGAAGGAUGAUUCUGAACGUAAGGAGGACGGUGUUCAAAAAGAUGAGGCGAUUCAUGGAAGAGGAGACUCCGCCACCUCAUCUGAGAAAUCCUCUCCACUCACUUGCUCGGAAUUGACCCACUCGAUUCACGGUAUCCAACUCGAGGGAUUGUCCAGCAUGAGCCCCUCCUCCGCCUUGGCAGGGGAGGAGGAUGGUCUUGUAUUUAAAAGCAUGGAGGAUAGCUACCAUCACACGGAACCAGGCAAAGAGUCCACUGGCAAUUUCCACACCUGGAACCAGAGACAUUUAACAUCAUCAUCAUCCAGUAGUAGAGAGAGCACUCCUACUCCUUUGACCACGCUUUUUAAUGAGCAAUCAUCCCUGUCGUCACAGCAACAGACAGGACCGGAAUCAGACCAUUGGAAGCAAUGUCCGAGAACCUCAGAUAUGGCUAUUUCUGAUGACACGGUCACAGGUGUUACCCCUUUAUCCUCUCCGGAUAUUAAUCUCCAACGGUUGUUCGACCUAGCCCCGCCCACCUCCUCUGAAUCCACCCUACCUAAAGACACUACAGGAAGCACCAAUGCACGGCAGCUUGAUGCAAAUACAGCUAGAGGGAAAAGAUCUGCUGUCCUGUGUACACACAGGAAGAUGGACAGGGUCUCCACUCCUGGCAAGCCCUCUAUCAGCACCAGCAGGAGGAGCAAUACAAGAUGGCAGUGUACGACCUGUCCUUUCACCAGUGACACGGCGCGACGCGUUGAGCGCAAGAACCAGCAUCACCAGCGUGAGCUGUGCCAGUCCUCCACGCGCGGUUCCUCUCACUCUGGCAGUCACUCAUACAUGCCACUCCUCCGGCCUUAUCACUCCGGCCUUAACAGGCAGCGCGACCAACGGCGAAUCCAGCGAGAGAACGUGGCCAUUCGAAAGCGUUUGGAGGCUGUAAGGCCGACACCAGGAAUGACCCGAAUAGAACAGCUCACAGACUACCAGCGCCAAGCCGGAUACCUCGGAAUACCUACGGCUCCCUUUAGGUCCACAUCAGCGUAUUCGGAGGAGGAGUGA